GCAGUCUUGUUUUUGUGUCUUUACAUGGAGAACAUGAGAAGUGCAAUGGUGUUACUGUUGCUAAUAAAUUAUUUCGGAGAUGCAAUAAAGCAGGCAGAGCUUCAUUCGUGUAGACUGACCAGAGUCCACGAACACAGCCUGCUCCUGGCUCAUCCACUAAAGAGGAAUUCAAGUUUCCACCCCUCUGUCUCAGGCACAGGUUUUAUACCACCUCCAUUACCACGGCAUUCCUCUCCUGUGCACAUUCCAUCCUCUCCACGUUGAAACAUGUCCCUGUACAACUUUGGGUUGGAGCCUCUGUCCUGUCAUGCCUGGAACAAAGACAGAACACAAAUUGCUGUCAGUCCCAACAGCAAUGUGGUGUACGUUUAUGAGAAGAAGGGCAAGGAGUGGAGUAAGAUCCACGAGCUGACCGAACACAGUGGGCGUAUAACAGGCAUUGACUGGGCUCCGGAGUCCAACCGCAUCGUGACGUGUGCCUCGGACAGGAACGCCUACGUCUGGACCCUGAAGGACGGGGCCUGGAAGCCCACACUGGUCCUGGUGCGCAUCAACCGGGCGGCCACGUGCGUCAAGUGGUCGCCGCUGGAGAACAAGUUCGCCCUGGGAAGCGGUGCUAAGCUUAUCUCCGUGUGCUAUUUUGAAAAGGAGAACGACUGGUGGCUGAGUAAGCACAUCAAGAAGCCCAUCAGCUCCACCGUCCUGAGUCUGGACUGGCACCCCAACAACAUCCUGCUGGCUGCUGGAUCAGCUGACCUACACUGCAGAAUUUUCUCUGCCUACAUCAAAGACAUUGAGGAGAGGCCUGGCCCCACCCCGUGGGGAGCGAAGAUGCCCUUUGGGGAGGUGAUGCUGGAGCAGAAGGACUGUGGAGGCUGGGUGCACAGCGUCUGCUUCUCCCCCUCAGGGGACAGCCUGGCCUGGGUCAGCCACAACAGCAGCAUCAGUGUGGCCGACGCCCCACAAGGAAAAGAGGUGACCAUGCUGACAACCAACCAUCUUCCACUGCUGAGUGUGCUGUUUGUGAACGAGACUGAGAUAGUGGCUGCGGGCCAUGACUGUUGCCCUUACCAGUUCUCCUACAAGGGCCCGGGGCAGCUGGAGUUUGUGAAGAAGCUGGACAUCCCCAAGCAGACCUCCAAGACCAACAUGUCGGCCAUGCAGCACUUCCGCAACCUGGACAAGAAAGCCACCACUGAGGAGGAUGACAGUGAGCUGAAAACCCUGCACCAAAACAGCAUCACCCAGCUGAGCAUCGUGGAGGGAGAGAAGUCUAAAGUGGAGAAGUUUAGUAGCAUUGGUCUGGAUGGAGCCAUGGUGCUCUGGACUUUCAAGCACAGUGAAUGAACAAGGCACUGAUGAUGGGGUUUCCCUGACCCAUUACAUCUGUACUUUCAUUGGGUUACUUGGGUUGUUCAUCACCACAAUUGUUUCAAAAGAUGUAAAAAAUGUAUGCGAAAGGAAACAUUCCCACCUGUUUUGUUGGUGACAGUAUGAUAAGACUUGUGUUUUGCACUUUUUUCUAUUACAGAUUGACCAAUAAACUGUCUUUGAAACACCA